UCGUGCCACUUCUUAUAUACGAAUCUGAUAAGAAUCGGAUAAGAUUCUUAGGAAAAGCAGACAAGAAGCUGGCAAGAUCCUUACCAGAUUCCCGUCCAAUUCUUAUAUAAGAAUUGACGACUAGGGCGUUAUGUUGCGCCGUGGCUCACUCUCACGCUGCACCUCCCCUCCAACCGCACCACGGUUCUUAUAUUCAAUGGAAUUCGACAUGUUUCCACCGAGCACAGCACAUUUUAUAGAAAAUCUUAUAUUUGUGUAUUCUCGUGUAUUGUCAAUGAGAAUACACCAAGCCUUCGAUAGUGUAAAGCAAUCUCAAACAUAAUACGAGUAUCAACAUAAUCGGAAUUAUUUAUCUGCGUAUCUUAAAUGAACAAAUAAACAUGUUAAAGUAAACAGAUCUUAGAGCAACACUUAUACAAAUUAAUUUUCUCGCUCGUGUGUCGUGAGUUUUUCCGCAGAAGGUAACCGAUGUACGUAUCUGAACAGCAAGUCCAGCGCGAAUGUUUUUUCAUGCAGUGCAUCGGUUACGGAGAGUGUAACAGAUAGACAUAUACGAGAUACCAAUGAUCAACGAGAUAGGGAGAGGCUGAGAGUAGUCUGACCGAAUUCGGCAAAUUUCAAGUUAAAUCCAGUGCGUUUCCAACAAGAUCUGGUAGUCGUAUUCCUGACCUGGGAAAGUUAUCAGGUACUUAUCUUGACCCAAAACCUUAAUUAACGUAAAAUGAUGUAAUCAGAUUGAUUUUGAAAGAAGAUUCAGUACUUGAAAGUUCUGAAUUUAAGCAAGAAUCAAACAUGAUUUAUGUUUUGCUUUUCAUUACCGAUACAGCCUAAAGCAGUGCCCUCUAUCAUAUGAAACACUAAAUACUUCGGGUAUUUAUAAUAUAAUAGGUCAUGAAAAAAAACUAGGAAACGAAAUUGCAUUUGAUCCUUAUUUAAAUCCAUAAGAUUCAUCCGCUGACUUUGUCUGUUUUCCAAAAUUAAAAAUGCAUGAAAUAAGCACGUGUCUUCCUCUUAAAUCAGAUUCUAAUUUGGUUUCUUGGCAACGGAGGUGAGGUGGGCGCAUGUAAACGUGGCUUGAGCGCCAGCAGGAAUGAAUUCAAUUACCAGACAAUUCAACAGCAACGAAAUAUUCUGAUUUUUUUCGAUUCCCGAAUAAGUUUAUUUAUAAUACAGAUAAGUCCAGAAAAUACCAAAAGAAUUUUAAUAGUUUCUGGACGGUCACACUUGGACUGCGUGCUUGCGACCGUACACUAUGUGGUUCUUCUGUUUUACAUGAACCAAAUAUAGAGUUCACUAUUAUCAUAUUCGUAAUAAUAGCCUGUUCUCGCUUUUGAAAAUAAUGAAUAUUACUUAUAUUGUCUGUCCAUUCAUAGACAAUUUUUUAUUUAUUAUAUCUUGGCGAAAUAGAAGCACCGUAGAUCGAUACCGAUAAUUAUCUUAGUAUUUUCCAAUACACUUAUUAUUUGACUAAUAAUACUUAGUAUUGAAUUUUAUCAUAAACCCAACUCAAACAUGAAAACAUCAAAUUUAACAACAUACUAGUCUCGUAGUACAAAAACUAUGCAACAAUAUCGCUUGUUUAUACGUAGUAUUUUUAAUACUUCAAGGAAGGUCUCAAAUACAUCAGAUCAUGGUUCUAAAGAAACGAUUAAAUGUCCAGAUGGGUCAAGUGAAAAUAACAAUGAUCAGCAUCCUUAUUAUCAAAAUGUAAAAAUGAUAAGAGAUAAAUAUUUAAAAAACAUAACUGUGACAUCGUUUUACAGUCAAAGCGCAGUGGAACAAGCAGCAGCUAAAUCACCUACAAGAGUAACGCCUUUAACAAUGAUCGCUCAAUUUUUGCAUAAAGAUUUACCGAUACGUCUUGCUCAUCGCAUAGAUGAUUUCAGAAAUUUACCAUUUGUUGUUGCUUGCAAUCCACUCUUAUUGGAAUUGAUAAAACUAAUGGAACAAGACAAAGCGUUUACAGAAUUACUUCGACAUACGUUAGAUUCAAGCUCGGAUACGUUACCGUUACUUGCAGAAGGCUUUCGUGAGACAAGACGACAUAUCAAAGAAGAAACCCUUAUAAAAGAUUUUCUUGAUCGAUCAUUAUCAUCUCGCUUAGCCAUGCGAAUUCUAAUUGAACAUCAUAUCCAAUUACACGCAGACAAGCCGAAUUAUGUUGGUGCUAUUUGUAUGAGUUUUUCGCCGAAAAAACUCAUCGAAAAAUCAGCUGAACUAGUCACAAAAUUGUGUCGAGCUCAAUAUGGCAUUAGUCCUGAAGUACGUCUCGACGGCCAUGUAAAUAGCAGUUUUCCAUUUAUUCCCAUCCCGUUAAAUUAUAUUGUGCCCGAAAUGUUAAAAAAUGCAUUUAGAAUCAGAGAUAGGGGCGGUGGAAUCAAACGUUCUGAAUUAAAAAAGAUAUUCGAUUAUCAUUUCACAACAACAGAUUCGAAAGCUGAUUCCAACCUAAUGUCAUACGCUAAUUAUACGAAUGACAAUGUAUUUGAUGAAUUAAUUCUUCGUGGCAGCAGCAAAAUGAGCGGAUACGGUUUUGGAGUGCCAACAUCUCGCGCAUACUGUGAAUAUUUUAGUGGCUCAUUAUCGAUAGAAACAAUGUUCGGAAUUGGCACUGACAUCUACAUAAGAUUAGGUUUAUUAACAUCAGAAAAAAAUGUUAUUCGCUUGUAG